UAUUGCAGCCUCCCGCCGUUGCCAUAAAAGAAGAAAAAGCAGGAGGCUGCGUGAUCUAGUUAUCCUUAGCAGUUUCUCCUCAGAUCAUAUAGUUAACAGCCAGGUUUACCACGUUUAUUUAGAACGAGUAAACGUAUUUUAUGACGGGUAUCCCCGACGAGCAGGAAGACACCUGGUAACCUAUCCACCCCCUCAGCUCUGAAGAUGGAGGACCAUGUCCACUGUGUGUCCUGUUUCAACCUGAGGUGCACACUCAAACCUCAACCUGGAGUUUCUUGUGAUCUUAUUUCAUGUCCACUGCUCUGUGGGGCUGGGUUUCACUCCUGCAAAGUUGAGGAGCACCAGCUUCUGUGCCCGUUGAUGAGGGUUCCGUGCCUUAACAGCGGCUACGGCUGCCCAGCCACCCUGAUCCGCAACCAGAUGUCUGCACACUUGGACGUGUGCCCGGCUGGAGUUGUCUGCUGCACAAUGGAGUGGAACAGAUGUCCCGUUAGCUGCUUGGACUAUACUUCUUAUGAGAGCCUAAGUCGUGUGGUAGAGCAACUGGACAUGGCACUUACUCUUCAGGACCAGCGUACACUCGUCAAGUCUCUUGAAGUGUUUGCCAUGGCACCUUCUGCACUAGAAGAGCCUCUUGUCUGUCUUAGUAAAGAGAACAAUGAGAAACACUCACCUUUGCAUCCAUCUGAUUCAGAGGCAUCAACUUCUUUUGGAUCAUCCUCACCCACACAACCAUCAGGACCAACUUCAAGAGACUUGGCAAAAGAAAAAAUCCUCAGGGGCAUUAAUGGCUUGAAUGAGGAACACUUCAGUAAACUGUAUGAAGCCACAAUAGAGACGGCAAGAAGUUUAGCUGCGGCGUUAGACUUUGUUAAUGGCAGCAGUGGUGAAAGCUCCUCUGAGUGUUUGGAUAGCAGAGAUGUUCUUUUAAAGUCAAGUUUGAGCAGCGAUGAAGGGAUUUACAAUGGGCUUGAGGGCACAACACUUGUAGGCAAUGAGAGUUUGCACCAAAGAGACAUUCAAGAGUUAAAUACUUGUUCCAGCUGUUUGAAUGAAAAUGGAGCUGCAGGAGCUAAUCUAACGAUUAAAAACACGCCCAGUGCACUGUUGUCAGCAGCAGCUGAGGCCUUUCUGGAGACGGCCUGUAGACCUGAGGUCCAAGAAAACAACACUGAUGUUCCUGAAAGUGCUACUCCUCAGAUGUUAUCCCCAGUCCAUGCUAGUCCUGCUGUGGCACAGUUGGCGAGUCACAUAGUGCUGGAAGAUGGAGAGUUGGUUCCUCUAGAAGAACGGUUCAACACCGACCACCAGGAGUAUUCAUUAUCCAAUGGAGGGAUCAUUCCACACAAGUCACAAUAUAAACUAGGAGUCACAGUAGAGGACAAGGCAGUAGAUACUUCAGAUCUGGAGCAGGGGGAUGACCCCAUGGGUCUUGGAGGGAUUGAUCUGAUCACAGCAGCCCUACUCUUCUGUCUAGCGUCCAGAGAGUGCAGAAGGAUCUCUGACACGGUCUACGGCGAUGUUUGUCGUGCUGAUUUUGGCACGCAGACGUUCACUUUUCCUGCUGCGGUAUUGGUUACCAACACAAGAGUGGGCGACAUGGCCUCUGCGUCACAGCUGGCUUACCCCAGCCCAUUCCGCGCGCUCCUCCUCAACCUGGUCCCUGAGGCUCUGAAGGUCGAGGCGGCCCCUCAUAUCCCGUUUAACCCCGGCUACCAGCACACAUCCCCCUUCAUCUGUAGUCAGCCGUUCCGUCGUGACCAGUUUUCUUCCCAUUUCAGAAACGUCCAUGGCGACAUUCACGCUGGCCUUAAUGGCUGGAUGGAGCACCGCUGCCCCCUCGCGUAUUAUGGCUGUACGUUCUCCCAGCGAAGGUUUUACCCGACAACCCGUGGAGCCAGAGUGGUUCAUCAUGACAGGCACCUCAAGUCAUUUGGAGUUCAGCCUUGCCCAAAGCUGGAUUUCCCAAGUGAUUGGGAGUCUGACCAGCUUAGUGGGCUGCCCAUUGAGAUACUGUGGCACAUCGCUGGAUUCCUGGAUAGUUUUAGCUUGUGCCAGCUGUCACUGGUUUCACGGAGGAUGAGGGAGGUGUGUGCCAGCCUCCUUCAGACCAGGGGCAUUGUAGAGCUGCAGUGGAAGCCAAGACUAUGUCCAGGAGGUCCACGCACUGUGUCAUGGCAGAUCCAAAACAAAGUGUGGAGAUUCAGCACUGCCUUCAGCCCUGUGACCUCGUGGGGUUUCACUGAUAUUCCCAGCAUGUCCGUUCAUCUUAAGAAGUGCCAUUUCAACGUAGCAGAGCACAAGACGGUGCCCGUACCCCUUCCGGCCAUGUGCUCCGGACGAGACAGACUCUACUUCCGUUGUGUCUUGCGUCACGUCAACACCUGACCAAAUGAGACCAAGCUGCACUCGAUCCGUCGUGGCGUAGUGUGAAUGUUGCUAUUAAGAGGUUUGUUUUGGAGUAAAUCAACACUACUUGUCACGGCGCUUUAACAAAAGAACACUUGUCAGGUUUGAUCUUGUAUUUUUCCUAUGGGAGGGGGAAGGAUUUGGCUUUGCAUGGACUUGUGCUGACCUUUUAUUCUGGUAAGAAGUAUAUUUUGACUAAAACAGAUGUACACACUAGAUUUGUAUUAUCCUCAAGGAUCUAUUAAAGUUCAAAUGCAAUAUUUAGCCUUUUACUUGUUAAACAAACAGAUUGUUGACUAAUCACAAUAAAUCUGUGGAUUAGAAAUGACAGCACUUUAAAUGGAUUUUAUUUAUUUUCCAAACUGAUGAGUGAAUCUGACCCAACCAAGGGUUCAGUCCAGUGUAGAUCUUGUGUUUAGGUUUAUCUGAUGUUGGAAAAGGAGUCAUAAAGGUUUAAAAAUGUAUGCAAUUUUCCGCAAUUAAAUAAAGUCCUUAUAUCUUUUA